GGCCAAAAGAGUGAAACGUGGAAGGGACAGAUAUAUUGUAUUAGAUCAGACCCGUGGCAUCCCAGGGAAUUGUAAUCAGUCGUCCAUCGGGCCACGGUUAUAGCAAUGUGGCCAGUACCAAAGGCUGUGGCGGUGACAUGCCAAUUGGACCCUGACAUGACGCGCUAGCGGGAGGCUCAACGGACCACUCUUUCGUGCGGCUCUGCAAAUCCACUUGCGCGUGCUAGAUAUCCAAAACAACUGCAUCGCGUAUCCUAAGAAUAGUUUCCUGAUAACGGCCGCUAAAUCUUCGACAUGGCUGAACCCACCAGAGCGACAGGGAGUUGGACCGAUGCCUUUCCCGCCCCACGUUGCACCGCACCAACUCUUUCACGCGAAGAGGCCCUGUCACAUAUCUCGUCUCCAGACUUGCUCAUUGUCGAUGUGCGACGCACCGACUAUGAGGGUGGGACUAUUAGGGGUAGCCUCAACCUUCCCGCCCACUCUUUCUACAUGAACCGCGGGGUAUUGUACGAUUUGUGCAAAAGGGCAGGGGUCAAACGCGUUGCAUUCUAUUGUGGCGCAUCAAAUGGAAGAGGCCCCAGGUGCUCUGGCUGGUUUGCAGACCACAUUGCGGAGAAGGGCGAUGAUCAGAUCACAUCGUUGACACUUGGUGGUGGCAUCAAGGGUUGGGUGAAGGCUGGAGAACCUUACACACAACAAAUGGACGGCUUCGAGCCAGAGUAUUGGAAACAGUUCGAAUGAACAUGCAUUGGAUUAUCUAAAUAUAUACGGUCGUAGGAUAGAUUC